GUCAUUUUCCACAAGGUGGAGAGUACGCCGCUGGUAUAUAUGGACCAUCCUGGUCGUGAUCAUCAUGGCAUCAUCAUCAUCAUCAACGAACCCCAAAUCCAAAGAGAUGAACGUCUCUAUCACCCAGACAAUCUCCGGGGGAGAUACAACCACAACCUCGUUCUUAUUGUCAAAUCUCCAUUGCCCCUCCUGUGUAACUUAUAUUGAAGAAAUCCUCGCGGCACUCCAUCCAAGUCCCAUUUCGAUCUCCCCGUCGUUAGUUUCCUCUUGGGUAACCGUUCGACACGACAAGGCUUUGUCCGCAAGGGCUAUUCGAGAAGCCCUCGAAGACUCAGGGUUCGAUGUCUGCGAUGUUGCCCUUGACGGUCCAGCUGGUAUGGUACAUACAGGAUAUGAUGGCGAGAUAGGCUACCUGGAUCGAUUCCUGGAUAGGUGGAACUCCGACAAACCGAAAAAUGGAAGUGGGAGCAAAGCUCGACAGCCGGAACGACACAUCGAGAAUUGCAAGUUAUGUCGGCUGGAGGCUGAUGGCAAGCAUGACUUCAACCAAGAUCCCUCGUCAUCCAAAUCGUCGCCGGUUCAGCAGGACAAAUCGGCGCCCAAGAAAUCGGGGCUCUCUACGGUGGUUGUAGCUCCAGUCGAAUCUGAAGACCUCUGGAGAGCGUCUCUGGCGAUCGGUGGAAUGACAUGCGCGGCAUGCGUUGUUACGAUCACGGAAGAGCUGGAGAAGAAAGACUGGGUUGAGAAAGUUGUGGUGAAUCUCAUCUCCAACAGUGCCACAGUCGACUUCAAAGGGGAGCAACACAAGGAUGAUAUUGUCGAGAGCAUCGAAGAUAUAGGAUACGAUGCGGCAAUUGAUAGCGUGAUCGAUCUCAACACGAUCCGUAAUGCCACACCGCAGAGUAACAUUUCAAGGACGGUCGAAAUACUGGUGGACGGCAUGUUCUGCGAGCACUGCCCUCCCCGGAUCAUAUCUUCAUUGGAACCAUUCGGUGAUUUGGUCAAAGUCGAAAGACCUCCGAGUCUACAGAAUCCAAUAUUAAAGCUCUCCUACACGCCCAAAGCUCCUGAGUUUACAAUUCGAAAUAUCAUCGCUGCUAUCUCUGCUGUAGAUGGAUUACUUCAGCCUUCAAUCUACCAUCCACCCACCCUUGAAGAGCGCUCUCGAAAAAUACACGCACGCGAGAGACAGCGGAUCUUCAUACGGGUCCUCCUCGCACUGGUAGUGGCCAUUCCAACACUCAUCAUAGGUGUCGUUUACAUGAGUCUAGUCUCAUCGAGCGAUCCUGGCCGACGAUUUCUUAUGCGUCCACUACAUGCGGGGGUCAGCCGAGCACAAUGGGCACUUUUCAUCAUGGCAACUCCUGUCUAUUUUCUAUGCGCUGAUGUUUUUCAUAUCCGCGCCCUAAAAGAAGUACGAGCAAUGUGGAGACCUGGAAGCACCACUCCCCUACUGCAGCGAUUUUACCGAUUCGGAAGCAUGAACAUGCUGAUGUCUCUUGGGACUUCUAUUGCCUACAUUUCUUCUGUUGCCCAGCUGAUUGCUGCGGGUGUACACCCUUCGCUGGUACCGGAUAACAAUUCCUUCUACUUCGAUUCCGUCGUAUUUCUGACACUCUUCCUACUUAUCGGACGUCUGAUCGAAGCUUACAGCAAAUCUAAGACUGGAGAUGCAGUCUUGAUGCUUGGCAAACUUCGACCCACCGAAGCCCUCCUUGUCGAGUCUGGGUCCUCCAGAGAUACCGCCACUGGCGAAGAGAUUGCCAAAGGAAUGAGAGGAGAAUCAUUGAGAAAUGUUAACGUGGAUCUCCUAGAGUUUGGAGAUACCGUAAGGGUCUUACACGGCGGAUCACCUCCAUGCGAUGGCACGGUUCUUCAUGGCGAGACUAAAUUCGACGAGUCAAGCCUCACGGGCGAGUCGAAGUUAGUCAAGAAAGCCGUAGGUGAUGAGGUAUUUUCUGGAACAGUCAACAAGGACUCUCCGAUCUCAAUUAAAAUCACGGGCGUUGCUGGGUCUUCAAUGCUCGAUCAAAUCGUCAAAGCGGUCCGAGAAGGACAAACUCGACGGGCUCCUAUGGAGCGUAUCGCAGACACCUUGACAGGCUAUUUUGUCCCUUUCGUUACCUUGAUCGCCAUCUGUACCUGGAUUAUCUGGCUUGCAUUAGGGUAUUCCGGUACUCUUCCUCUUGAUUACCUUGGAAAAGAUGCAGGUGGUUGGGUCGCUUGGUCCCUGCAAUUCGCAAUCGCAGUAUUCGUCGUCGCUUGUCCCUGUGGACUCGCUUUAGCAGCUCCAACUGCUCUCUUUGUUGGCGGUGGUCUUGCUGCACAGCACGGUAUCCUGGUGAAGGGUGGUGGCGAAGCCUUUGAGAAAGCAAGCAGACUUGAUUGCAUUGUGUUCGAUAAGACCGGUACGCUCACACUUGGUGGAGAACCAGUUGUCACUGAUUUCCAAUCGCUGCCCAUCGAUGCGGAGUUUGGCAAAGGAAGCCGAGACGAGAAUGGCGUGCUGAAUAGCAAGAACGUUGAGAGAACGGUUUUGGGAAUGGUCUACACACUUGAAGGCAAUAGUAGCCAUACGGUUGCCAAAGCCCUCGUAUCCUUCUGCAAGACUUUAGAGACAGAGGGCAUUGAUGCGGAAGACGUUGAGGAGAUUGCAGGGAAGGGUAUGAGAGGGACCUUCAAGAUCAGUCCAACCGAAGAAGCAGAUCUCAUCAUCGGGAACGAAUUUUUCAUAGAAGAGACUGGCGUUUCAGUUUCUCAGGAAUCACAGUCCACCCUAGAGAAGUGGAAAUCUGAAGGAAGGUCUGUUGCCCUGGCUGCGAUCAAUGUCAGAAAUCAGGUAGAAGGCUCGCAGGAUUGGCGACUCGCAGCAAUCUUCGCCAUCUCUGAUCCUGUCCGUCCCGAAGCGUCGCAUAUCGUCAGAGCUCUUCAAGAUCGUGGAACAGAUGUAUGGAUGCUGUCUGGAGACAACCAAAUCACAGCAAACGCUAUUGGUGCCCAAGUCGGCAUUCCAUCCAGCAAUAUCAUCGCCGGUGUCCUUCCCCACGAGAAAGCCGACAAGAUCCAAUACCUCCAGAGAUCCCUCAAGGCUCGCACCUCCAGCUCUGGUGCCGAGCAUGCCCAAAAGCGAGCUAUGAUAGCCAUGGUCGGCGACGGCAUCAACGAUUCGCCCGCCCUGACCGCCGCAGAUGUCGGGAUCGCCAUCGGUUCCGGUUCCGACAUCGCCAUCUCCUCAGCGGAGUUCGUCCUGGUCUCUUCCAACCUCCACGCGCUAGUCAACCUGCUCGACCUCAGCCGCUUCGUCUUCCGGCGGAUCAAGUUCAACUUCGGAUGGGCCCUGGUCUAUAAUCUGAUCGCGCUCCCCGUCGCCGCCGGCGUCUUCUAUCCCAUUGUCAGUAAUGGUAAACAUGUGAGGCUGGAUCCUGUGUGGGCUAGUCUGGCCAUGGCGAUGAGCAGUAUCAGCGUCGUCUGCAGUAGUUUGGCGUUGAGGAGUAAGAUACCCGGGUUAGGCUUUAGGGCUAGCGAGGCACUCGAUGAAUGAGGACAUACAUGGAUUGUAGUCUAUUCUUUUCUUUUUCUUCGUCAUUUAGAUGAUAAUCAUAGAAAUGAAAGGGGGUAUAUAUACAUAUACAUAAAUAACAGCAUUCGCAAGAUCUAUCUAUACCCUUCUUCCUUCCAUAUUUAUGAAU